GCGAACUAUAAAUAAUUAUUUGUAAUUUUUUUCUGGUAGCUAUUGAAACAUGCACAAACAUGGUCUGUUUAUAUAAAGAAUAAAUACGUUUUCAUUUUUAAAGAAUGUUUAACACGCAAAAUAAUUUAAAAACAACAACAAAAGCACUGUUGUCAUUUGUUCUAUUUUGCAAAUCUUUGUAGUGUAAGUUAUCACUACAAAAGAUAAACGAGUACAGUCACACCUCUAAAAUAAGCAAUCUCGCGUCACCUUUGAAUUCGCCUUCUCUUCCGAAAAUUAGCAACUUGGUGUAAAAAAAAAAAAAACAACAGCUUUCGUUUCCUGCACUGUAAGCAAUGUGUCCGUUUUAUUGAGUUAAAUCUACACGAGCUUUUGAUCCUUAAAUCGCAUCCGACAGAGCCGUGAAAGCAUGUGCAUUCUCGGCACAUUUCUCAGCCAACUGCAGAAGGAAUUGUCCCGAAAUUAACUAAGCGUCUGCCGACGUUGGUUUCGUAGCUGUAAUUUAAAGCAGUGACGAAGAUACAACAAAUAAUAACACAAAUAAUGAAUCAGCACUUUAAAAAAGCAAAGGAGUUGAUUAUUGACCAAGAGGGUCUUUCUUUAAUGCUAAAAUGCAUACGGUGGAUUUUUGCCCCUUACUCCCCACCUACGCUGUCCGGCUUUGCCCUUUUUUAUUGUUCUGUAAUAUGCCUCAGAACCAAAGCAUUGGCAGUGGUACUGUUUUAAUGCUCUGUUUACAGCCUUGAUGCGUGAAGUCAUAAAUCUUACGUAGCUGCAAAUGACAAAAAAGCAUUGGUAUGCAGAAGAGACGCUGGCUCGUAUACUUUUUAUUGCUCGCCUUUUUCUGCUUUUGUUUUGAGGUGCAACCUUUCUCUCGAGCUCUUUCGCACUCAGUCGGGAGCUUGGACACCUCAAUUAUGGGAACAUCUUCGAUUUCUGUUCGCUUCAAAGUAUUACAAAAAAUGUAUAUCAUUUCGUGCAGGGAAAAAUACACGUAUAUUACAAUAAUGCUAAGGACAAUUCUUAAAUGGACGAUUGCACAAAAUCAUUUGUCACAUCAUCGAAAUAUUUUCCAGACCGUCGACUUUGAGUUUAUGCCAUACAAUAAAUCAAUCUGUCUACCCGAAGAGGCCAUUGGAAGAAAGGAGUCACGUGACAUAGUGGUGCCAAUGUUAUUCUAUAAGGGUGUCAAGACCCUGUCAGUUUGUGAAAUAAAUAUUGGGAAACAACGAGAUGCAAAAGGCCACUUACUACGACAGCUCUGCAAUAUACAGUGGCUACCCUUAUCAUGGAGCUAAUGGUUUCAGUUAUAAUGCCAAUCAGCAGCAAUACCCCCCCUCAUCUCAUGUGGAAAGUGGCUACCAUCGACCCGCUUGCUCUCUGCAGUCACCUGCCACUCCGGUUCCCCAUCACAAACCCAAUGAUAUCACAGAAAUCUGCAUGCGGACCAGUGGUAGCCAGGCCAGCCAACCAACGCUUAUACCGGAAAAACAGCAACAGCAGCAAAAACCUGCACCCCAAGCUGCUCCCCCGCCCCCGCCCCCUUCUGUCUCACCACCCCAAAACCCCAGCAACAGCACAAACAAGAACCCCACACAUACUUCACCGAAUGCUGCCACAAGCAAACACAUUUUCCCCUGGAUGAAGGACAGCCGACACAAUUCGAAACAGAAAAACAGUAGUUCCAGUUCAGCUGAAAGUUGUGCUGGUGAUAAAAGUCCCCCCGGCUCUUCUGCUUCAAAGAGAGCCCGUACUGCAUAUACAAGCGCACAGCUGGUGGAGCUGGAGAAGGAGUUUCACUUUAACCGCUACCUUUGCAGGCCAAGGAGAGUCGAAAUGGCCAACUUGCUAAACCUCACAGAAAGACAAAUCAAAAUCUGGUUUCAGAACCGCAGGAUGAAGUACAAGAAGGAUCAGAAGGGGAAGGGGAUGAUGCCAUCUCCUGGAGGCCAGUCCCCUGGGAGUCCUGUGCACCCGUCUUCCACGGGAGGAUAUCUCAACUCUAUGCAUUCGCUAGUAAACAGUGUACCAUAUGAACCACAGUCGCCAACGGCUUACAGCAAACCUCAUCACAAUUCAUAUGCUCUCUCCACAUCAUAUGCGCCGCCUCUGAAUAGCUCUCUUAAUAAUUGCCAGCCUCCACAGAAGAGGUAUGCAGGGGCAGCCGCUGUUACGCCUGAAUAUGACACUCACCCUCUUCAAGGUAAUGGUGGCUAUGGGACUCCUCAUUUGCAGGGAAGCCCGGUAUACGUUGGAGGUUAUGCUGAUGCCAUGGCUAAUUCUGGACCUGCCAUUUUUGGUUUGACACACCUCCCUCACCCAUCUGGCAACAUGGACUACAAUGGUACUGGCACCAUACCCAGCAACCAUCACCAUGGACCUUGUGACCCUCACCCAACAUAUACUGAUCUCACUUCUCAUCAUUCGUCUCAGGGAAGGAUUCAGGAAGCGCCCAAAUUGAUGCAUCUGUAAUGGAGCAGUUAGCUGUGGGGAGAUAUCCUCUCAUCUUAUUCAUUACCUUACCUCUGAACCCACACUGUUUUUAUUGACUAGCCUAUCUACAUUUAUAGUUUAUGUGUGGAUGCAGUAGCAAUACUUUCUUGCUUGAAUUUCUCUAUAGCUUUGUUCGUGUUAACAAUUUCCUAUUUUAUUUUCUAUACUUUUAUCAAAACAGGGUAUUUGAACACAUUUUUCUAAAAUGUUUAAAUGUAAAUGUGUUCUUGUUUUAUUUAUCCAAUUGGAAGAAUACUUCUGUUGCACUUCCUGAGUUUUAAAAAAUGGCUAUAGGGCGCCUUCCAGUGUGUGUAUUCCAAUGGAGAUUGACA